AUGGUGGAAAUUACCGAAGAAAAUUGCAAGGAAAUUAUAAAACCUCGCCCAUACCAAUUGGACUUGGUGCAAUAUGUGAUGGAAAGGAAUGGCAUCAUUUAUUUACCAACUGGAGCUGGCAAGACUUUUGUGGCAAUUUUGGCAUUGAAAAAAUUCGCCCAUACUUUGCAAAAGACCAUUAAAAAUGGCGGCAAACGUGCCAUAUUUAUGUGUAAUACCGUAGAAUUGGCCCGCCAACAGGCUGAGGAAAUUCGAAAAACAACAAAUCUUAAAACCGGUAUAUAUAUUGGAGAUCGUGAUGUUGACAAUUGGCAACGUCGAAAAUGGGAAACUGAAAUCGAAGAAAAUCAGGUUCUCGUUGGUACGGCUCAAAUUUUUGUCGAUAUUGUAUCGCAGAAUUUAAUCAAAGUUAACGAUCUAAGUGUCGUUGUCAUCGAUGAGUGCCAUCACGCCACCGGUGGCCAUCCAAUGAAAACAUUUUUAAGUAUGUUCCCGCUACAGCCAACCGAGGGCCCCCGCGUCAUAGGCUUGACCGGUGUCCUAAUUAAGGGCAAUAAAUUGGGCAAUGUCAUUAGCGAUCUGCGAACAUUGGAAUCAACAAUGCGUGGCAAUAUUAUUACUGUGCGUUCGGCAGAGGAGAUGCAAAAUGUUAUGGUGUUCUCCACCAAGCCAUUUGAGGAAUUGGUUUCCUACACAUCAAAUCGCCAUACCUUUCAAGUGGAAACCAAAAUAAAACAAUUGGUUGAGGAAUGUAAAGCCUUCAUUGACAAUUGGAGCAUUGGCGCUGUGGCCUUAAAAAUGACUAAAGGCCUGCAAGGAUUUCGUGAACCGAACAAAAAGAAUUCGGCCAAAAAUCUCCUGAACGAUUUCAUUUAUCAAAUGGACGAUUUGGGUCUAUAUUCGGCCUCCAUUGCCAUUAUGUCGCUGAUUAUCGAAUUCGAAGUGAAAAAACGUCAAUCCGAUACAAUAGCUUUGCGCGACAUGUAUCGUCGUAUUCUACAAGACUGCGAACGUAUACGACACAUUAUUUGCCACGAACUGAAGGAGAUGUUGGACGUCGAUGAUGAGAUGCCAAUCAACGACAAGGAUAUUCACACCUUGAAUAUUAUACUCAAUUAUUCGACGCCCAAAUUGAGAGCUCUGCUGAGCAACAUUCGUGACAAAUUCAAGAACAAACAGGCCAAAGAUAUUGCCUGUCUGAUAUUUGUUGAUCGGCGUUACACGGCCAAAUGUCUAUAUCAUGUCGUGUUGCGUUAUGUCGAGCUGUGUCCAGACUUGCGUGAUAUCAUUCGGCCACAAUUUAUGGUUGGCCGUCAAAAUAUUCUGUGUUCGAUUGAAAGUGUCCUCGAUGCUAAAUGGCAAAAAUCGGCCAUAAAAGAAUUCCGUGAUCACGAGUGCAAUAUGAUUAUAUGUUCGAAUGUUCUCGAGGAGGGUAUCGAUGUACAGGCGUGUAACUAUGUCUUCACAUUCGAUCCAUUGAAAACGUUCAAUUCGUAUAUACAAACCAAAGGGCGGGCACGUAGUAAAAACUCAUUUUAUACGAUAUUUGCACCGGAGGCGGAUAAGAUGAAGAUGGUCGAACAAAUACGAAAAUAUCGUCAAAUACAUGAAGAAAUCAAAACGUUUUUAAUAACCCGUUGUUUGGAACGUGACGAUCCAAGUGAAAGUGAAAUAGCGGAACAAUUUGUUGAUUUAAUUCCGCCCUAUGUGAUACCAAGUGGUGCCAAGUUGUUGGCUGCCUCGGCGCUGGCUCUAUUGAAUCGUUAUUGUGUCAGUUUGCCGUGGGAUUCGUUUGGACAAGAAUUGCCAUGGUAUAUGAAAUUGCCACCGCGAGAAAAAGAUGGAAAAAUAGCUGUCAGUGUGACAUUGCCGCUACAAUCAACCGUUCGAGAAACCAUUACGAGUGAUUAUAUGGCCACAGCUAAGGAGGCCAAAAUCUCCGCUGCCUUCAAGGCCUGUGUUAGGCUUUAUGAAAACGGUGAACUAAAUAAUUUCCUGCUGCCCAUAACAAAGAAGGAAUGCAUUGCUAAGGUUUCAAAUGAUCUCUUCAAACAUUGGGAAAAAUUCGAUGACAAUGUUUGCAGUAAAACAGUUGGUAAACAACAAGCACGCAUUUAUAAACGUAAAUGUCCGGAAGAGCUCUACAAUGCUUUGCCCCGCUUGGGUGUAACAUCAUAUGCCUACAGCAUCGAAUACGCUACGGAUUUUCCAUUGAAUUCGUAUAACGAACAUAUCGAUAAAUAUUUCAAACAACCGGCAACCUAUGCAAUUCUGUCGAGUAAAAAAUUACCCAAAUUAGCGGAGAUGCCCUUGUUUAUGUCCCAGGGAAAGAUACGCAUUAAAAUCAAUGAAGUACCCAUAGCCGUUACCCUGCACAAUGAACAACAACUAAAACAGCUGCAACAAUUCCAUACGAUGGUGUUUAAAGACAUCCUCAAAUUGUGGCGGCAUUUUUUGGUUAUGGAUCAACGUAACAAGGACUACUCGUUUUUAAUUGUCCCUCUGAAUGGGGAGAAACAAAUCGAUUGGCCGUUGGUGGCGAAUUUCCCCAACAUGCCCCCUAAACGUGUCCUCACACCCAACGAAAGACGUAAUGCUCAGCAUUACAAUCCCGACGAUUAUCUCGACAGAGUUGUUACGAAAUGGUACAGCGAUCGAGACCAUGAGAAUUUCCUGGUAACACAAAUACACACCGAUCUAACACCCUAUAGUCCGUUCGAUGGUCAGACACAUGCCAACUAUGCGGAAUUCUAUAAAUCACGUUAUAAUCUAGAGAUCUACAAUGGCCAGCAGUUUCUGUUGGAAGUCAAGCCACUGACACAUCGACGUAAUUUCUUCAACAAUGCCCACAACAAGAGUAUCGAAAAGAAAAAGGAAACAAGUCGGGUAAUUUUGAUACCCGAAUUGUGUCACAACUAUCAGUAUCCGGCCAAUUUGUGGUUGAAGGCAUUAUUGUUGCCCAGUAUAUUACAUCGUAUUGUCUAUAUGCUGCAUGCUGAACAAUUGCGUCAACGUAUAAAUGCAUACUUGGGUUUGGAACGCUAUUUUGCGGACUACGAACCGCAACCGUUGAUAAUAGAUGUGUCACUGAAACGUGUCCUGGAUGAUGAUGAUAAUUUGAUCCAGGAAAAGGAGUACACCAAAUCGAUUUGUUCCAUACCAGCAAAAGAAAAUGCAACAACGAACGAUUAUCAAGUUACCUCAUUGGAUGAUGCAUCCAGCUGGAAAUCAUAUUUGGAACCCGUGGAUUUAAAUCGUAGACUUAAUUCAUCCUAUCCCGUCGAAAUUGAUUACUAUUAUAAAUUCAUAUCGGAUUUGCUAGUCGAAUUGGAGAAUAUGAGAGUGAAUGAAGAAGAAGAAUGGACCAAAUGUCAAUUAAAUGCUCAUGUACCAAAACAAAUUGUCGGACCUGGCUCACCUUCAAGUUCGACGGGUGUACAACGAUUAUCAAUACUGGAUACUCCGCCCUCCUCCUUAGCUGUGCAAGAUAAGACCCAAAUUAAUAUCUUAAAAUUGAAUUUUAUACCCGACAGCAAACUCAAAUCAGCUGAACAAUAUGAAUUCUUGGCCGCCCUGACCACGGCCGGUGUCAAUGAUGUCUUCGAUAUGGAACGCUACGAACUGUUGGGUGAUGCCUUUCUCAAAUUUUCCGCCUCGCUGUAUUUAACAAAUAAGUACACAACCUGGAAUGAGGGUUAUCUUUCGAUUAUUAAAAGUCGCAUGGUAUCCAAUCGCAAUUUGCUGUAUUGCCUCUUAGAUUCGGAUAUUUCACAACGCAUUUGCAGUUCACCCUUCAAACCCAAUACCACAUGGCUACCACCCUUAUGUAGUUUACCCUCAAAUCUAUUGGAUGUUAUUGAAAAAUAUCCUGCCGAAGCCGGGUCAAUGUUGGAACCUCAAGAUUUCUAUAAUUUGCAAUUAACCGAACCGGAGUUGGCGUCGGGAAAAUGUUCUGCCGAAAAACUGGAACGUUUUACGCAAGCAUGUACCCGAAAUACGGAACUAUUAGAGGGUAACAUAACCGUAUCGCCGGAAAAUGAAAUCAAUAUGUAUAUUUAUCAAUAUGUACUGCGUGAUAAAAUCGUUGCCGAUACCUUGGAGGCAUUGCUGGGUGUGUGUGUUAAAAAUUACGGUAUACAUCGUUCAUUUCGUAUGUUGGAAUUCUUUGGUAUAUGUAAAUCGGAAAGAGACAAGCCGCUGACAAAUCUGCUGGAUUUAAAAUUGAGCGGCACACACUUGCGUACCAAUGUCAGCAGAGCCGAGGUGAAUGCAUUCCUGUUGAACAUCGAUUAUUUGGAAAAGAAUUUGGGUUAUCAAUUUAAGGAUCGUGCCUAUUUGUUGCAGGCCCUAACACAUCCAUCAUAUCCAACGAAUAGAAUAACGGGAUGCUAUCAAGAAUUGGAAUUUAUUGGUGAUGCCAUACUCGAUAUGUUAAUGACCUGUUACAUUUUCGAACGCUAUGAAACUAUGGAUCCGGGCAAAAUGACCGAUUUACGCUCGGCCUUGGUCAAUAAUAUAACAUUGGCAUGUAUUUGUGUGCGUUAUCGUUUCCAUUUGUUUUUGUUAUAUGAAAAUAGCCGCCUAUCGGAGGCUAUAAAAACCUUUGCCGAUUUUCAAGAAACCCAAGAUCAUCGUGUCACGAAUCAAGUUCGAAUCCUUAUGGAAGAAUCAUCAAAUGAAGGAACAACAAAAUCUAAAUAUAAUAUGUCGGAGAAAAUCGAUGUACCGAAGGCAUUGGGCGAUAUUGUUGAGGCCAUUAUUGGUGCCAUAUAUUUGGAUUGUCGUGAUCUGGAGAAGACAUGGCAGGUGAUUUACAAACUGUUUGAAAAUGAAUUGCAAGAAUUCUCACACGAAGUGCCUAUCGAUCCCGUUCGACAAUUGGGUGAAAUCAAACAGGCCAAUCCGAUCUACUACAAGCCCAUAGUCGAUCGUGAAACGGUAAUGGUGAAAUGUGUCUUCAAUUGUUUGGAUCGUUCGGUGACCACCAACGGUUUUGGCAGCAAUGCUAUUCUGGCCAAGAAGGCAGCUGCCAAACAGGCCUUACAGAUAUUGGCCAAGAAUGGGAACUGA